AUGAACACCUUCUUCAAGAAAAGAAACAGCAAAAAGUGGACAUGGACCAGUCCAGAUAGCAAAACCAAAAAUGCAAUAGAUUUCAUAAUCAGCGAUAGAAAAGAUGUAAUCAAAGACGUAAGUGUAUUAAACAGAUUUUCGAUAGGAAGCGAUCACCGCAUUGUAAGAGCCGAGAUAAAAAUGAAUAUAAAGAAGGAAAGAACUAACAUGAUACUCAAGAAAAACCACAAGAAAUGGGUAGCCCCUGAAAGUAAAGAUUCUUAUAAGGAAUGUAUAGCCUCAAAUCUAAAUUAUGAAAAUACUACUACGAUAGACGAAAUAUACGAAAACAUCAAAGGGGCCACUCAAACGGCUAUCGAAAAAUGUUGUCCCAAAAAAGUAAAAGAACAAAAACUGAAUCAAAGCACAAAACUUUUAAUGAAACAGAGAAGAGAUAUGGAGGACAAGAGUACACAAGAAUAUAGAACUUUAAACAGAGAUAUAUCCAAAGAAAUCAGAAAGCAAGGAGGCAACAGAAUACGGAAAAAAUUAGGAAAGUCAUAG